CUCUCUCUCUCUCUCUCUCUUUCCCUCUCUCUCUCUCUCCAUAAUUUCCUUCCUUCUUCCUUCGUUCGUGUGCGGAUGUGAUUAUAUAACAUGGAAAAAACGUAGAGAGAAAACCCUAAUACACUCUCUCACAAUCUCAAAAACCGCACAAGACGACUGUGUUUUACCAUUCUCUCUCUCCAUAAUCUGAAAUCUUCUUCCUUCUUGACGUGGAACUUGUCGACAUUUCAGCCCCAAAUAUUGGGUUUUGUCCAUUUUCCGGCAGUCGUCUUCUCUAUUGGGUAUGCAUUGGAAGGUUGAAUGGUUUUGAGGAAAAUUCAUAUUCUUUUCUAACUUGUAGAAAGAAUUUUGGGCCAUUGGGUCCUCCUUUUGGUUAGUUUAUUUUGGACUUUUUUUUGUGUACUUUGAGGCUCUUCCUGGGGUUAAAGAUUGCAGCUUUUUCUCCAGAGAACCUCGACGGUACGAGGGAAACAACCUUUUUUUGAGAAGAUUGUGAUAUUUUUCUAUUUGUUUGAUUCAAAUAUUUAUUCUUCUUAAAGUGAUUGGGAUUGAGUUGGUUAAAUUGGUGGAUGGUGCUCCCUUUUUGGUCCUUCCAUUUUAAUAUACAUUACCUUUUUGAGAGAAAAGAGAUGGGAUUUUGGCCCUUGUAUGAUAUGUGUCUGCAUUUAAAAUUUUGAUGAGAAUUUGAGAGAUUGAUAUAUAUUCCGAUGGGGAACAACUGUGUUGGAAACAACUGUGUCGGAUCAAGGAAGGAUACACUCAUCCAUUCAGUCUCGAGAUCACUCUGGUGGUCGCGAUCAACGGAUGGUGUUGCCAGUAGAGGAAUCAAUAGUACUGAUGCAACGCCGCAUUUGAGUAAGAAUCCGUCAGAAGGUCCUCUAUACGUUCAAAACAAGGCCCCGGAAGCAGUUAAGAUAGCUAAGGGAGACUAUAAAUCAGUGCAGGCUACAAAUCAAAAGGUGAAGGUUCAUCCAGACAAGCCUAAUGAACCGGCAAAGCCUCAGAAACACAAGGAGGAGACGUUACUUGCGAGGCAAGUAACACUUCAGAAGGCAGAGAGUAAACUAGCACCACCAACAAUUCACAUGGGAGAGGCUAGACCGGUACAAGUAGUAGCGAAAAAGGAAGAGACUAAGCCAGCAGCGGCGGCAAAUGUGAAACCCAAGAAGCCCCCUAUUGUCAAGAGGGUGGCAAGCGCAGGGCUUCAGGUCGAGUCUGUCUUGCAAACAAAAACAGGGCAUUUGAAGGAGUACUACAAUUUGGGCCAAAAGCUCGGACAUGGGCAGUUUGGGACAACGUUUCUGUGUGUAGAGAAAGCAACCGGAAAGGAGUAUGCUUGUAAAUCCAUUGCAAAAAGGAAACUCCAGACUACAGAAGAUGUUGAAGAUGUGAGGAGAGAAAUUCAGAUUAUGCAUCACUUAGCAGGGAAUCAAAAUGUAAUUGCGAUUAAAUCAGCGUUUGAGGAUGCUGUUGCGGUUCAUGUUGUCAUGGAAUUAUGUGCAGGGGGUGAGCUUUUCGAUAGGAUUAUCAAGCGAGGGCAUUACACCGAAAGGAAGGCAGCUCAACUGACAAGGACUAUAGUUGGAGUUAUAGAAGCCUGCCAUUCUUUGGGUGUCAUGCAUCGUGAUCUUAAGCCGGAGAACUUUCUUUUUGUCAACGAGGAGGAGGAUUCAUCACUUAAGGCUAUCGAUUUUGGACUAUCAAUAUUCUUCAAGCCAGGGGAUAUAUUCGGUGAUGUGGUUGGAAGCCCCUAUUAUGUUGCACCAGAAGUCCUGCGCAAGCGUUAUGGUCCAGAAGCAGAUGUUUGGAGUGCUGGUGUUAUCAUUUACAUUCUCUUAAGUGGAGUGCCUCCAUUUUGGGGUGAAACUGAGCAAGAGAUAUUUGAAGAGGUGCUGCAUGGCGAUCUUGAUUUCUCAUCGGAUCCCUGGCCUAGUAUUUCUGAAAGUGCCAAAGAUCUCGUUCAGAGAAUGCUCGUUAGAAACCCAAAAAAGCGGCUAACUGCUCAUCAAGUUCUGUGCCACCCAUGGGUUCAGGUUGAUGGAGUGGCUCCAGACAAGCCUCUUGAUUCCGCUGUUUUAAGUCGCUUGAAGCAGUUUUCUGCAAUGAACAAAAUUAAGAAAAUGGCUCUAAGAGUCAUUGCAGAGAACCUCUCGGAAGAAGAAAUUGCUGGUUUGAAAGAAAUGUUCAAGAUGAUAGAUACCGACAAUAGCGGUCAAAUUAGUUUUGAUGAACUCAGAGAUGGACUCCAAAGAUUUGGAGCUAAUCUAAAUGAGUCUGAAAUAUAUGAUCUUAUGAAAGCUGCAGAUGUUGACAAUAGUGGCACAAUUGACUACGGAGAGUUUAUAGCUGCAACAUUGCAUCUAAACAAAAUAGAGAAAGAAGACCAUUUAUUUGCAGCUUUCUCAUAUUUUGACAAGGACGGCAGUGGCUACAUCACACAAGAUGAACUUGAACAAGCCUGCGAGGAGUUUGGCAUUGUCGAUGUUCACUUGGAAGAACUGAUCCGAGAAGUCGAUCAGGACAAUGACGGGCGAAUAGACUACAACGAGUUUGUCGCCAUGAUGAAGAAAGGCAAUGCAGAUUUUGAUAAGAAGGGGCUUCACACCAGUGCCCUUGGCGUUGGAUUUAGGGAGGCACUAUCUGUUUGUUAACAGUGGUAGAGUGAGGCAUUUUUCUUAAUUGGCUCCAUUUUUCCUUCCACCACCUGUGAAUUUCUGCAGCUUUUCGAGAUUUACAGAUCAGAAUUAACGUCUUUGGUAAAUAUGAAUUUAAUCAAUUAGUUUUCAAUUCACUACUUUGUAUCAAAACAGACUAUCUUCUGAUAGAGAAAACUGACUGUACAUAAACACAAUAACCUUCAAUUUCUGGGUAUAUGUGUUUUUUUUUUCUUUUUCUCAAUGGUUUUUACUUAAUAAAAGAGGAAGGUAAGGCUCCCAACUCCGUUCAA